UCAGAAGAAACAUUGUCUUGAAGGCUUCUAAUGCUAAUUGUGGCUACUAUUAAUAAACAGAAUAUAUAAACUAAAACCUAACCUGAUUGUGUUUGAUUUAAUAAAAUAAUAGAACAGACUUUAGGCUCAUCUGACUUGACAAUAAAACCGCUGGAGAACGGACUCCGAGCACCUCUGUGUCAAGUUAGCCAAACAACUUCGGAUAAACAUCAGAACUAUAAUUAUAUCCGGGUCCUUUAUGAACUACGUGAACUUCGGACAUUAAACAAAAGUGUUGAGCAAAAGUAACAGAACAAGAUGACCUCCAGAAAGGUGAUAGAGCUCUUCUACGAUGUGGUUUCUCCGUACUCCUGGCUUAGCUUUGAGGUCAUGUGUCGUUACAGAAACGUGUGGAACGUAGACGUCAAACUACGUCCUGCCUUACUGGGUGGAGUCAUGCAGGGAGCAGACAACAAGCCUCCUGCCACGGUUCCAAACAAAGCUAAUUAUAUGGUCAAAGAUGUGCAACGCCUGGCAACAUAUUUUGAUGUUCCAAUGACCUUUCCUUCUGACCCCUUUGAGGUCAUGUUCCGAAAAGGUAGCUUGUCCGCAAUGCGGUUUUUGACAGCAGUACAAGAGCAGGAGAAGGAUGGAGACAAAAAGGUGGAGCAGGUGUCCAGGGAGCUGUGGAUGAGAAUCUGGAAUCGGGAUAAAGACAUCACUGAACCGGCAUCUCUCUCUGAGGCAGCCAAGUCGGCAGGUCUGUCCGAUGGUGAAAUUAAGGACCUGCUGGAGAGUUACACCUCAAAGAAGAUCAAAGACAAACUGAAAAACUCAACUCAGGAGGCUCUUGACAACGGGGCCUUUGGUUUCCCAAUGUUCGUGUGUCACGUUGAUGGGAAGCCAGAGAUGUUUUUUGGAUCUGACAGAUUUGAGCUCAUGGCUCACUGCAUUGGAGAGAAGUGGCUGGGACCUCAGCCUCACAAGUCCAAACUGUGAGAAAACGACAUCAAGACUCAAGAAUCCAUCUUUAUUUUUCAUUUUCAUAUGCGUAAAAAGGAACUUGUUCUCAUCUUUAACACUGUCACUGUCAAAAUACAUCCUCAUAUAUACUAGGGUACAACAUGUAACAUGCAUAUGUCUUGGUUUUGGUGAGCUUAUUAAAACGGAUUAAUUCUCAAACGACAAA